AUGCCUCCGCGACGAGCCCAUACGAAGUCCCGGAACGGAUGCGACCAGUGCAAAACUCGGCGAGUCAAAUGCGAUGAAGCCCAGCCAUGUGCCAAUUGCGUGAAACGACACCUGACGUGCACCUUUGAACGUCGUCCAACCAAACCCGAGCCGUAUCCCAGUACGCAGUCCGCCAAAUUGUCCGAGUCGCCGACCGUUUCGUCGAGAACAGACGAUGCCAUUGCCGCCUUUCAGCAUCAAGUCGCGGAUGCAUCUGCUUUCCUCCGCGAGUGGGGCGCGCAGGACCCCGAAUUGAUGCAUCAUUACUGUAUCUACGCCGCAAAGACUCUGUCAGAUCGGGAGGCGAUCCGCGACGUUUGGCAGAUUGAAGUGCCGAAAAUUGCCUAUUCGUACGAAUUCCUCAUGCAUGGUAUCUUGUCGCUGUCGGCCCUGCACUUGGCCUACACUAGACCCGAAAGAUACAGCCACUAUCUCAACAGCUCCAACUUCCACAUGGCACUGGGCCUGCAAACAUUCCGCAUAAUAUUACAGAACCCUAACAAACAGAAUUGUGAGGCACUCUUCUGCUUCUCAAGUCUAAUCAUGGUUUGGACCUGUGGAGCACCGACCGAUCUGGGUGAUAACCGUCCCUUGGAAAGUAUUAUCCGCCUUUUCAACUUGUGCAGGGGGAUCAUGACCCUUCAUCCUUUUAUGUCGCACGUUGAAAACGGUCCUCUGGCGCCAUUGUUUCUAAAAGACUUUCGAUCCGACCCUGGCCCGUCCCAGGACCAAAUCCAGUCUCUGCACUUCCCAGGACUGGACAAUCAAAUCGAUGCAAUCAGAAAGUUGAUCGCAUCAGAACCUCUCAGUGAGCAGGAGAGACUCAUUUAUCAGCAGGCCACGGAGUGUUUGGAAAAAGCCUUCUGGCGUUUGCAGCUGUUGCCCUACCGUCGCGGCUUGCACACUGGCUGGAUUGGCCAAGGCAGUUUUGCUCCAGUGGCAGCCUUCCUGCGUGAUGCUGCACUGCUUGAUCUCACAGCCCUCCACCUACUCUCACUCUCGCCCAAACGGCCAUCAAUGGCCAUCGCCUGGACCGACUAUGGGCUAGCCCAAAGCGGUUAG